AUGUCCCAGAGACAUUCUGACAGCUCUCUGGACGAUAAACUACUGGAAUAUCGUUUCCAUGCGGAGCUGCAUCUCGAUGCCAACGGGAACCCUACGCCGGGGCUCCCCGUGGUCCGUAGCUCCCUGAGGGCCAAGACCAAUGCUGCCUUUGAGCCAGAGGCCUCCGGACCCCUGCAGGUGCCCCCAGGAGAUGAGGAGCCACGGCCCAUCGUCCUCAGCACUCAGAGCCCCGCGGCACUCAAGAUGGGCACCCAGCAGCUCAUCCCUAAGAGUUUGGCUGUGGCCAGCAAGGCCAAAACCAAGUCCCCAGCUCGCCACCAGAGCUUUGGGGCAGCUGUGCUUAGCAAGGAGGCCGCUCGGCGGGAUCCUCGGCUCCGCUCAGCCCCCAGCUUCUCCUUGGAUGACAUGGAUAUGGACUCGGGCCCUGGUGUGAAUCUGAGGCGAAUAAGGAACCAGUCCUACAGAGCCGCCAUGAAGGGCCUCGGGUCACCCAGCAGCAAGGGGGACUCAGUCCAGCUCAGCCCCAAGCUCCAGGCCCUCGCUGAGGAGGCUGCUCAGCCUCCCGCUCGGUCCCCAGCCAAAAAUAAGAAAACUCUGGGACGGAAACGCGCACACAAGGGCUCCUUCAAAGAUGAUCCCCAGCUGUACCAGGAGAUCCGAGAGCGGGGUCUAAAUACCAGUCAUGAGUCCGAUGAUGACAUACUCGAUGAGCCCGCCAGCCCCGAGGGAGCUCAGAAAGCAGACACCACCAUUGUGGUCAAGAGCUAUCGGCCUGCCCAGCUCACCUGGAGCCAGCUCCCAGAGGUGUUGGAGUCAGGUGUCCUGGACACACUGUCGGUGGAAGAACGUAAGAGGCAGGAGGCCAUCUUCGAGAUCCUCACAUCUGAGUUCUCCUAUCUGCACAGCCUGAGCAUCCUGGUGGCUGAGUUCCUGCAGUCCAGGGAGCUGAGGGCCACUAUGACACAGACAGAACACCACCACCUCUUCUCCAACAUCGUGGACGUGCUGGCCGCCAGUCAGAAGUUCUUUGAGGCUCUGGAACAGCGGCACAAGGCCCAGGUGUGUGUGGAGGACAUCAGCGACAUCCUGGAGGACCAUGCCGAGAACCACUUCCACCCUUACAUCGCCUACUGCUCCAACGAGGUCUACCAGCAGCGCACCCUGCAGAAGCUGUCGAGCAGCAAUGCAGCCUUCCGAGAAGCGCUAAGGGAGAUUGAGAAACGGCCCGCGUGCGGGGGCCUGCCCAUGAUCUCCUUCCUGAUUCUCCCCAUGCAGAGGGUGACCCGGCUGCCACUUCUGACAGAUACACUCUGCCUGAAGACACAGAGCCACCCUGAGAGGUACAAAGCCGCCAGCCGUGCCCUGAAGGCCAUCAGCAAGCUGGUGAAGCAAUGCAAUGAGGGGGCCCACAAAAUGGAGCGUACGGAGCAGAUGUACACGCUGCACACGCAGCUGGAUUUUGGUAAGGUCAAGUCCCUGCCACUCAUCUCUGCCUCUCGCUGGCUGCUCAAGCGUGGAGAACUCUUCCUCUUGGAGGAAUCCAGUAUCUUUCGGAAAAUCGCCAGCCGGCCCACAUGCUACUUGUUCCUGUUCAACGAUGUCCUGGUUGUCACCAAGAAGAAAAGUGAGGAGAGCUACCUGGUCCAAGACUAUGCACAGCUCGAGCAUGUACAGGUCAGGAGGCUGGAGGCCUCAGAGCCCUCACUGCCAGCAGGCAGCGGCCGCAGUUCCUCCGUGCCCCACCCCUUCCAGGUGAACCUGCUGCGUAACAGUGAGGGCCGCCAGGAGCAGAUCCUGCUGUCCUCUGACUCUGCGAAUGACCGGGCCCGGUGGAUCACAGCCCUCACCUACAAGGAGAGGCAGUGGCAGGGUAUCACCAACAAAGGAGAGCUGCCCCAGGUGGAGAUCACCAAGGCAUACUUUGCCAAGCAGGCUGACGAGAUCACGCUGCAGCAGGCCGACGUUGUCCUGGUCCUGCAGGAAGAGGACGGCUGGCUACAUGGCGAGAGGCUUCGGGACGGAGAAACGGGCUGGUUUCCCGAGAGCUUCUCUCGCUGCAUCACCAGCCGCGUGGCGGUGGAAGGCAAUGUGCGCAGGAUGGAGCGGCUGCGGGUGGAGACAGACGUGUAGCCGCAGAGCUCAAAGCCAGCCGCAGUGGACACAGCUUCAGUCCUUCAACCAGCAAGUGUCUCCGCCCUCCAGGACGUGGGAGAGGUUUGUUCCUUGGGCCUCCCCACAGCCUCACGGUUGUGAGCAGAACACAGGACAUCUAUCCAUACCUGAAGCUUGCUCUCUCGGAAGGCUUUGAGGCAAGCUCCAGGGCCCACAUUCUGGUAGAAGCCCAGCCUGGCCUCUGGCUGGCCAUCCCUUUCCUAGUUUCUGGCUGCCUGAGCCGCACCCAGGCUAAGAGUGACACAGGACUGUGGUCUUCAUUGAG